AUGGAAAGUUUUUUAAUAAAAACAUCACUAAAGACAUAUCCUGACUACCAUUCACCUAAAAUUUCUGUUAAGGAAGCUACUGAAAAUAUGAGAAUAUACACAAUAGCGAGGAAAAGAAAUAAAACCAAAAAAGGCGUGGUAAACAGACAACAAGGCGACAGCUUAACUCAUUCUUUAAGUGAUUUGAGGUCGAGUAGGAUCACAACAUAG